AUGGCUCCAUCCGCUAAGGCAAACGCUGCUAGAAAGUCUGUUGUCAGAGGUGCUAAUUCAAAGAAGGUGUUGAAGGUAAGAACUUCUCCUACUUUCAGAAGACCAAAGACUUUGAGAUUGCCAAGAACCCCAAAGUACGCUUCUAAGUCUGUUCCUCACUAUGAAAGACUAGACUCUUACAAGACCAUUGAACACCCAAUCACUUCCGAAACCGCUAUGAAGAAGGUUGAAGAUGGUAACACUUUGGUUUUCCAAGUCUCUUUGAAGGCUAACAAGUACCACAUCAAGAAGGCCGUUAAGGAACUUUACGACGUGGACGUUCAAUCCGUUAACACUUUGGUGACCACCAACGGUACUAAGAAGGCUUACAUCAGAUUGACCGCCGACUACGACGCCUUGGACAUCGCCAACAGAAUCGGUUACAUCUAA